GUACCUUGACCAGCCAUGCCUGUGUUCCUGCUUUGGAAAGAUCCAAAUCACCAACAACGUUGCCGUCUUCGUCAAUCACUUCAUCUUCGUCCUCAAAGUUCUCCUUUGCGUCUCCUCCGUCUUCGAAAAGUUCUUCAAAAUCUGCGGGACGCUUGCGCGAGAGUCCGUGUUCGUUGUCAGACAUUGUAAACCAGCAGGAAUGUGAAGUAACUGAAGAAUGAAAGCAAUGAGAAAAAAGAAAAUGGUCACUCCUCUUAAGAAGCACACCAUCGUGAAGAAGCACACCGCUACCUUCAAGCGUCACCAGUCUGACCGCUACAAGACUGUCAAGGAGUCAUGGAGAAAGCCCAAGGGUAUUGAUAACCGCGUUCGUCGCCGCUUCAAGGGUCAGAUCGUCAUGCCCAAGAUCGGUUACGGUAACAACAAGUUGACUCGCCACUUGAUGCCCUCCGGCUUCAAGAAGUUCGUUGUCUCCAACAUUGCCGAGCUGAACCUCUUGUUGAUGCACAACCGCACCUUCGCUGCUGAGAUUGCCCACAACGUCUCCUCCCGCAACCGCAUCGCCAUUGUCGAGCGUGCCCAGCAGCUCAACAUCAAGGUCACCAACGCCAACGCUCGCGUCAGAACCGAGGCUUAAACUGGAUAACUCUUGAUCUCUCCUCCAAACAAUAAUGUCUCUGUAACGCGGACAGAACUGUUUAAAGUAAAAUAAAAGUCA